GAGAGUGCGCUGCGGAUCUCCCUCUUUUAGGAGAAUGAAACUCGAUCCCGUCGCGCCGGUAGCGUCCGGUAUAAAACAGUCCAGCGGAAGAAGAGACUGUGAGAAUAAUAUCAGUGUGAGAGAGUGUGGAGUUCACGAUCACCGAAAUGACGCGCAGAUCUCCAGAUGUCCGGGAGUUUCGGAAAUGAGCUGACACACGGACGCUGCGCUCCUCCGUUAUUCCUCUCGUUAUUCUCACGGAGAACAUGAUGUGUCCUGGAAGGAUAGACAGAUAAUGACCGCACUGCUUGUUUCUAAUCAAUCGAUGAUACUUAGGGGCUUUUUGUACGCAUGAGAAGAAGACUGCUUGGACGCACCAGCUUUGAAUCGAAGUCGUUACAGCUCGCCGAUAUCUAUUUUUGUAUGAAAACAUGAGCUCGUUGUUGUUUGGAGAAGGUUUUUUGGGCGGCGUGGUGAGCGGCGCGCCGUCGGACGCGGUUCCCAGAGCGCUGCGCAACGACCUGGGAUCCAACAUCCAUGUUCUCAAGACCCUCAACCUGAGGUUCCGCUGCUUCCUCGCCAAAGUCCAUGAGCUGGAGAGAAGGAACAAACUUCUGGAGAGCCAGCUGAAGCAAGCCUCCGGUCAGCCGAGGCAUCAGGGCUUCUCCUUCACGCGUGAAGUCGCGGUCCAGACGGACUCUCUGGGGUCCAGACUUCCAGGCACCAUCUGGAGCUUUACGCAUAUUUUGAGACAAGGAGAGCACGUCAAGACUGUCCAGGGACCCGGAGUCACCUGGACCCAUCCGGAUGGGGUCGGGGUCCAAAUCGACACCGUCACCCCAGAACUGAGAGCCUUGUAUAACGUUCUGGCCAAAGUCAAACGGGAGCGGGAUGAGUACAAGAGAAAAUGGGAGGAGGAGCUGUCGAGAAGAGAACAGAUGGAGUUGAUGGUGCAGACGCUGCAGGAGAAUGUAAACGAAUCCGAAGCCAUUCAGGACGAGUUGAACGAGAAGGUCGAAAGACUGAAAGCUGAACUGGUGGUCUUCAAGAGCCUCAUGAGCGAUCAAAUGUCCGACCUUGACACCAAGAUUCAUGAGAAAGCCAUGAAGGUGGACAUGGACAUCUGCAGGAGAAUCGACAUCACGGCCAAACUGUGUGACGUGGCUCAGCAGAGAAACUCAGAGGACAUGUCUAAGAUGUUCAGCAUCAGUCCAUCCAGAGCACCAGCAGACAGGAUGGCUGUGGUGUGCAAGAAGAAGGAGAAGAAGCCAGUAUCAGAUGAGGAAAACUCAGAGAUGGAUGCAGAUCCCAGCACUUCGGAGGAGGACGUCCCCUUCAACAUCACAGACGAGAUGAAACGCAUGCUCAACCACCUGCGGGAGACGUUUGAGAUCGAUGAUGACUGUGACAGUUUGACGUGGGAAGAGAACGAUGAUACGCUGCUGUUAUGGGAGGAUUUCAGCAACUAUAACAUGCCCUACGGCCUUACUAACAACACCGGUGCCCUCGACUGCAACGGAGACGCACAAGAAGCGGAAAAGCUCUCUUCUGCGAGCAGUGACUCAGGGAACACUGACGAGAUACAAGACGAGUCGGACAAGGACGGAGAGACGGAGGAGCCAAUCAGCUGA